GUUUAUUUGUUUAUUUAUUUUAAUGCCUUAUACGCCAUACACUCUAGAGACUAUACUACAACCUUCAAUAGUAGAAGAACCUAUUGUACCGACUGCAACAAGUUCUACUUCUUCCUCUUUCUCGAGAAGACCUUUUUCUCCUGAAACGAGUGAGCCUACUGUUCACUAUGCAACACCCACAAUAACACGCAUAGACUCUGUAGGCGCUUGGGAUAGUGACCUUUAUUGUGGUACUCUUGAUGGUGUCAUAUUACACUAUUCACUCCAAGACAAUAAUGGUUUGACCAAAACAGUCUCAGCAAGAUUAGAAAACACAAUCAACUUGGGAUUCGGCAAGAAAAGUGUCGAACGCAUCUUGCUACUCCCUCAAGUCUCAAGGGCUGUUGUACUAUGCGAUGCAACACUGUUCUUUUUCUCUUUGCCAUCUUUUGAUCCAAUACCUGUUUCUUUAAUUCAGCCUAUUAAAGGCGUAUCUUGUUUCUCGCAUGACAUAGCAGAGGAAGGGGGAAUAGGCGAAGAUGGUACUGUCGAACUGACUGUUGUCAAAAGGAGAAAUAUUCAAAUUUACAAGAUUGGAGAAUCCAUGCAUUUGAAAAGGGAAUUACCUCUUUCUGAAGCAGCCAUUACAGUAGCAAGACACAGUCAUAUGCUUUGUUUAGCAGAUGCUGAACUUUACAAGCUCAUCAAUCUUGAACAGCCCGUUACGUUUCCACUAUCGCCUACACCACAAGUAAAAGUGAAAUCACCCACCUUAAUAGGUUCAGGAACACAGUUAAUACCUCGCCCUCUCGUCUCUGUUGUUCAAAAAGACAAAUUCUUGAUUGUCAAUGGUUCAGACGAUCAAGCAAUUGGUAUUCUUGUCAAUGCCAAAGGUAAUCCUAUUCAAGGCACAUUGCAAUGGACGAGUUAUCCGAAAACAUUAUGUGUUGAAUUCCCCUAUGUCAUUGCUCUUCUGUGCAAUAAUACAAUUGAAAUUCACAACCUAUUGAAUCAAAACCUAUUGCAAACAAUGACAUUUGAUGCUUCUUUUGAGGCUCGAGGCAUGACAUUUAGUCACGGUAUAAAAGUAUCAUUAGACGCCUUAGCUGAAAAACUCAAGCGUAGUCCUUGGCCAGAAAAAAUAGACGAUGCUGAACUCGAGAGUCAAUUAAAAGGAGAAAUUAGUCGAUACUCAACAGCUGCUGCACGUAUUUUGAUUUAUGGAAAAGAUUCAGUGUUAGCACAAGUGACAACACCUCUGAUUGUUCAAGUGGAUCAGUUGUUAGAAAAGAACUUGGUUGAAGAAGCGAUACAAUUAGCAGAGCAAGCCAAGGACACCAUUUCCAAUGAUAGCGAUCAUGUUUAUGCUGAGCGAUUACAAUCUGAACUCAAUUAUAGUUAUCAGAGAUCUGGUUUAUAUUUAUUGGAACAGGCAUUGUUUGAUGAUGCCUUUAGUUUACUUUCAAAGGGCGAAAUAGACCCACGCCCUAUUGUUCAGUUGUUUGAUGGUUUAGCAUCAUCAUCAUGGCGAGAAGAGUUUUCCCCUGUGCUAUUGUUUGAUGGUGUGCGUACUUUAUUGGACACAUUGGGAUCAGUGAAAGACAUUGUAGAGAGAAAUCUCAAGGAUUAUGCAUCUGAUAAUUUGGCUCAUGUGCGACAGACUUUCUUGACAAAUGCCAGUGAUGCAUUGGAUAAAUAUCUUUGUAUGGAGCGAGAAAAAAGAAAGCAUCAAUGGGGACAAAAUGACUUGCUUUGUAAAGUGAUUGAUACUUGCCUAUUGAAGAUUUAUAUCAUCAAAAACGACAACAUCUCUAUAUAUCAAUUAUUAAAAGCACCUAACGAUUGUAGUGUAGAGGAUUGUUCAGAGGCUUUAUCUAAAUCAAAGAAACAUUAUGCGCUUUCUGUUCUGUACGAAUCAAAGCAUAUGUAUGAAAAAAUGUUUGAAAUCUGGACAAAGAUUUAUGCUGGAGAACUUGAUGAUCCAGAAUUUAAAGAUGGACUUGGUAGAAUCAAGCGGUGUUUAUUGAGAGAUACAAUUGCAGAAGAAUUGCCGCUCUCGGUCAUGAUGCAUUAUGCAUGGUGGCUAACACAUCAAAAUCCAGCAGAUGGUGUUGAAGUGUUUACAAAGUCACCUCGCAAACAAGAUAUGGAUCCAGACGAAAUUCUCGAGAAAUUAGAACGUUACAGUAAUGAAUGUGUACGCACUUUUCUUGAAUAUCUUGUUCUCGAACAACACAGUGAUAGAUCAGAAUACCACACCCGUCUUGCUUGUAGCUAUGUCAAGGAUGUCUAUAAAGAGGUGAACAACAACACAAAAGAAAUCAAAGAUCUCGCCGAGAACUUUAAACAAAGUGCUGAUUCUCUUAAGGCAGAUGGGUCAAAAGAAGGAUCUGAUCGCCUUACCAAGUCAACUUUUAUCGGUUAUCUUGGAUCUCUGCAACAACAAUCACAGCUUGUGAAGGCACGUUUGAUCUUGAUUCGUACACUUCAAAAUUCUUCCUUGUAUUCACCAGAGAUUUUACUUGAAGUAUUGAUAAAGGCAGGCCCUUUAGACAUUGAGAAAGUCAUUGUUUAUGGAAAAAUGAACAAGCAUAAAGAAGCGCUAGACAUUCUUAUUCAUGACCUCUGUGAUUUUAUGGGCGCGGAAACGUAUUGUGUGACAAACGGGCAAAGUAUAGGUAUGAUCCCACCAAUCGUCAUCAAUACACAGCCAACAACACAAAAGAUAUUACCAAGAACAUCUUCUUUAGCCGCAGCAGUUGAAAGACCUGUGCCUCUGAUUGCCAUAGAAGAUGAGUAUCUCUCUCCUGAAAACUUGAAAGAAAGAAGUAUCUUGUUCACUAUGCUAUUCAAGUCCUAUCUUGCCAUCAAAGACAGUGAACUCAUGAUGGCUCGAACCAUGCACUUGUUGAACACACAAGGCGUUUAUCUUGAUAUUCUAGAAGUCCUUGAAACAAUACCAGAAGAUUGGUCACUCAAUAUGCUUCAAGAUUUUCUUGUAAGGUCUUUAAGGAGAUCAUUAGACGAUUAUAAAGAAAGUCAAAUCGUACUUGGCUUAAGCAGAGGAGAGAAUUUAAUGGUUAGUAGUGAAAUGAUCAAGACAUUUAAAGAGAUUGGUCCUAUUUCAAUAGACAGCCAGACAACAUGUUUAAGGUGUCAUCGGGGAAUGAUAAGCAGUGAUGUUGUUCGAGAAAGUGAGCAUGGCCAACUGCUUCAUAUUCACUGUGCCAAGUUGUUAGGUCUAGUUGAUGAAUAAAUCAAAUGAUAUGUGGGGUUGCACGUGAUGCAAUCAUCGUGAAUAAAUAAGCAUAUCUUUUUGCUUUUUUCUCUUUUCUUUCUUUUCUCU